AUGGACGAGGGAUUUGGACUAGACCCUCUCUUCCUGACCAAUUUAUUCCAAGACCUGUUUGAAUGCCCUGCUCUUGUAGCACAUGCAGAGAAACGAGGAACUACCUCAGAGUCUGACGAAGGGAGUAGUGAGGGCACUGUGGGUACCGUAUUCGUGCCUUCGGAAACCGUAUUCGUGCCUUCGGAAACUUCGAAUAGUGUCAAGCGCAAGGAAUUUGAGCUUUUAGAAUCCCAUAGGGACAAACUUGAGCCUUCAUCCCUUCAAACCAUCUCUUAUACCAGACUUGGACACGCAUUGUCGUCUUAUGUCUCCCACGGAGCUCCCGAUACCAAUAAAUUAUUGGAAUUGAGGCUGGGUUCGGCAAAAGAUAUCGUGGAUCUAUUAUCGAAGUUUUCAGCAAAUGCGCACACCCUCUCUACCCCUUCGUUGACACCGAUUGGUGUCGCGCUUUCUCCUGUCGCAGCAUUGAUAAAUCACUCAUGUGUGCCCAACUGUGUGGUUGUUUUCCCCAAAGCCUCCGAGACCAAAAAAGUACCAAAUGAAAUGCUUAUCAUAGCCAUAGGAAAAAUCCCCCGGACAGAAAUUCUUCAAGAGCGUUAUUUCUUCAAGUGCCAUUGCCCUAACUGUGAAACGACAUCCCUCGUCAAGACCCCGUACGUCGACAGCCGCCGAGCACUCCGAUGUGCGUCAAAAUCGUGCGAGGGCUUCCUGCCAAUGCCUAGACUAGAUGAUUCCAAAUUGAAGAAAACAGAGGUUCAAUGUCUACAGUGCAAUAUCGUGUACUAUCGAACCCCCGGCGAUCGCAGAUGCAAUCCGGCUCGGAGAAGAAGGGCUCGAAAGGGCGGAGGAACUUCAAUUCUCUGCCUCACCCUGUGCGCUGGUUUGCUAGACCCCGAACGAGCGUUCAAGUACACGUCCAAUCUUAUACCUAUGGUUUCUCGGUUUUUCCACCCGAGCGCACACCCAUUACUAGCAUUGUCGCGACUGCAUCUUUCACUCCUCAUCUCUCGCCUCGAUCUCGAUCGAUCUAUCCUUGACGAAGCUAUUCGUGCGGCAGCGCGUGUCGCCGCUGGGAUAUCUGCGGUCCUUCCAGCCGGACAUCCCGUUCGAGCAGUAACAUAUGCAGAACUCGGCAAACUGCUAGCUGUAGAUGAUAUUAUCCUGAAGGACAGGAGCCUCCCGAACCCACCCCGCCCAACUCGACCCCAAGGCCAACCUAACUUGGGUUGCUGGUGA